AUGGCGGCCGUGGCCAUCGUUCUAUUCCUCCUUGCUGCCGCGAAGGUGACCAGAGCAGAUGAUCGCCGCAAGCAACCCCACAUUGUGUUCAUCCUGGCAGACGACCUGGGAUGGAACGACGUCAGUUACCACGGCAGUCCCCAGAUUCUGACACCGAACAUAGACGCCCUGGCAUGGAACGGAAUUCGCCUGAAUCGUUAUUACACGCAACCGCUGUGCACGCCUUCGCGCUCUGCCUUCCUCACUGGCUGCUAUCCCAUGAACACAGGAAUGCAGCACAGCGUCAUUUUAACAACUGAACCCCGAGGACUCCCUCUGCAUUACAAACUUCUUCCGCAAUGGCUCGGAGACUUCGGAUACGUCAGCCGGAUGCUAGGAAAGUGGCAUCUGGGUUACUAUAAGGAGGAGUAUACCCCAACAAUGCGAGGUUUUCAAAGCCACGUCGGCUCUUGGGAGGGAUUUUCUGAUUAUUACAGUCAUAUCAUGGAUUUCUCAUGGCAGACAUGGUCUAUCUCGGGGCACGAUUUUCGGAGAGAUAUGCAGAAAAGCAAAGAAGACGACGGGAGAUACUAUACCCACGUGAUGACGGAGGAAGCCCUCAAAAUUAUAAAGGAUCACCCGAAUGAAAAGCCCUUAUUUUUGUAUAUAGCGCAUCUUGCGGUGCACUCCGGGAACCAACCAGAGCCGCUGAAGGCCCCCACCAAGUACACGGACCCAUACAUGGACAUCGGACAUCCGAGCAGAACCUUGUACGCUGGGAUGCUGUCCGUCUUGGACGAGUCGGUUGGCGCCGUCUUCGAAGCUCUCGGUCGUCGAGGGAUAUUAAACGAAACUAUCGUCGUGCUCACCACGGACAACGGCGCGGGGAUUACGACCCAAUUUUCCAGUUUUGGCUCGGGAUGGCCUUUCCGGGGCCAGAAGGGCACGGCAUGGGAGGGUGGCGUCCGAGUGCCUGCGGUUGUGUGGAGCCCGUUAUUUUCUGAACAUCGGGGGGCCGUCGUCGAAAGCCUAUUCCACGUCUCCGACUGGCUUCCCACCUUUUAUGAGUUAGCGGGUGGUGAUCCAUCUAACCUUGGCGAAAUCGAUGGAAUCAGCCAGCUGGAUACUCUGAGGCACCGGGAAAAGCUCCCAAGAACGGAGAUCGUGCUCAACAUUGAUCCUAUAGAAAAUGUUUCGGCCAUAAUUGUAUAUCCCUUCAAACUUAUGCAGGGGGACGAUCAAGGCGGCCACUAUGACGAUUGGUAUCCUUUUAUGGGGAACGUUACCCGAACCCAGAAAGAUGCUCGCGAGGGGUGCGAAGCGUCCGUUGUCUACCGCGUGAUGAAGCACUCUGGUUUCGUCGUCACUUGUGGCCAGGAUCCGGUCACCUACGCGACUUCCGUGAAAUGUGGGGAAAAAGAUCCGACCAAAGCCUGCAAACCAAUUGUAAAACCGUGCCUGUUCGACCUGUCUAAGGACCCCUGCGAGUACAACGACAUCGCGGCCGAAAACAUCGAGGUGUUUGAGUUGCUUAAGGCAAAACUGAGGAAGUACACUGCCUCGUCAACGCCCCCUGCCAACGUUCCCGCCGACCCACGGGGGGACCCGGCGCUGCACAACAAUGAUUUUGUUCCGUGGGGCGACGCUGAAGGGAACGACUAA